AUGUCAACCAACAACGUGCACGUCCUAUCGCACCCGCUCGUCAACGCCAAAUUGGCUGUGUUGCGCGAUGCAAGCACCAAUGGGAAGGAGUUUCGCGAAGGUGUAAGAGACUUGACGUACAUGGUCGCUAUCGAGGCGUCGCGAGACCUUGAGGAGAAGCAAGUAACCGGAACUACCCCAGUCUCCGAGUUUACAGGAUCCACGAUCAAACCUCGAGUAGGAAUCGUACCUAUCCUCCGAGCUGGUCUAGGAAUGACCGAUGCUAUGCUCAGCUUGUUCCCAACUGCACCAGUAUACCAUAUCGGGCUAUUCCGUGAAAAGGUUAGCCUUCAACCGGUUGAAUACUAUUCGAAACUACCCAAGGAACCGACAGUGGAUCAAGUAUUCCUUGUCGACCCUUUGAUUGCCACUGGUGGAACUGCCAUUGCGGCGGUACAUAUGAUUUUGGACUGGGGCAUUCCGUUGAACAAGAUCAAGUUUUUGGGUGUAUUGGCAUCUCAAGCCGGACUUGACCAUGUCAAAUCUGAGUUCCCUGAACUUGAGAUCUGGUUCGCUGCUGUGGAUCCUGAGUUGACGACAAAUGGUUUGAUCAAACCUGGACUCGGCGACACUGGCGAUCGUUUGUAUAGCACGACUCAUUAA